CACACUGCCAUUGAAGCAAAAUGUCGACCUCUAUACAUGAAAACUCUACAAGGUUGUUCCUCCUACUGGCUACCUUCAUUAUCCUCUUUCUUUUACGAACUGUCAUCAAGUUUUUAUCCAAAUGGAAUAAAAAUUCCAUCACUACAAUGGCCAAAAAAUCCUCACCACCAUCUCCUCCAAAGCUUCCAAUCAUAGGAAAUCUCCAUCAACUUGUCACUCUCACUCACCGCACUCUACAAUCCUUAGCUCAAACCUAUGGCCCUUUGAUGUUACUUCACUUCGGAAACGUGCCAGUUCUUGUGGUCUCCACAGCUGAGGCAGCUCGUGAGGUUCUGAAAACCCAGGAUCUUGUUUUCUCCAAUAGACCACGUCGUAAGAUGUUUGAUAUCUUGUUGUAUGGUUCCAAAGACGUGGGAGCUGCUCCAUAUGGUAACUACUGGAGACAGAUAAAGAGUAUCUCUGUCUUGCAUCUUCUCAGUACCAAAAAGGUUCAAUCCUUUCAUGCAGUGAGAGAAGAAGAAAUCUCCAUGAUGAUGGAGAAGAUUAGGCAGUGUUGUUCAUCUUUGAUGCCUGUGAACUUAACUGAUUUAUUCUCAACAUUAACGAGUGAAAUAGUGAGUAGAGCUGCACUCGGAAGAAGAUACAGUGGAGAAGGAGGGAGUAAGCUUCGGGAGGCCAUGGAUGAGAUGCAGGUGCUCUUGGGUGCUCCAGUUUUGGGGGACUAUAUACCCUGCUUUCAUGUGUUGGGAAGGGUUAACGGAUUGUACGGUAGGGCAGAGAGAGUGGCUAAAAUUAUUGAUGAAUUCUUUGAAGAAGUUGUUGAGGAGCAUGUUAGUAAGAAAGAGCAUGAUGAUGUUAAUGGUGAAGACUACCAUAACGAUUUUGUUGACAUUUUGUUGUGGAUCCAAAGGACAAAUGCUGUAGGAUACCCCAUUGAUAGAACAACCAUUAAGGCUUUGAUCCUGGAUAUGUUUUCUGCAGGUACUGAAACUAUCUCCGUAGCCCUAGGAUGGGCGAUGACAGAACUCUUAAAGCACCCAAUUGUGAUGCAGAAGGUACAAGGUGAGGUGAGGAGUGUGGGUGGUGAUAGAAGAAACGUAACAGAGAAGGAUUUAUGCAACAUGCAUUACUUGAAAGCAGUGGUCAAAGAAACUCUUCGAUUGCAUCCACCAGUUCCCUUAUUGCUUCCAAGGGAAUCCAUGCAAGACACCAAAGUAAUGGGUUAUGACAUUGCAACAGGCACACAGAUAAUAGUUAAUGCUUGGGCAAUUUCCAGGGAUCCUUCAUUCUGGAACCAACCUCAAGAGUUUCAACCAGAAAGGUUCUUGAACAGUUCCAUAGAUAUCAAAGGGCAUGAUUUUGAAGUGAUUCCUUUUGGAGCAGGAAGAAGAGGUUGCCCAGGAAUAGUGUUUGCCCUAGUUGUGAAUGAGUUGGCUCUAGCAAAUCUUGUUCACCAAUUUAACUGGGAAGUGCCUGGUGGAGUAGCUGGGGAUCAAACAUUGGAUAUGGCUGAAACUGCUGGAUUGUCCAGCCGUAGAAAAUUCCCUCUUGUUGCACUUGCAUCCCCACAAACAUAAGAAAUAAAUGUUAUUCAAUAUAAAUGUAAUCGCUUAUAAGAUGAAAAAUAAACGGCUAUGGUUUUAGUCGUAUGUUAUAAUU